UUCUAUAUGUCUCACGCUUACUGAGUAUACUUCCCCACGUGAAGAAGAAGGAAAGAUCUCCCCCGUAAGUAUACUCCCCCAGAUCAAGAAGAAGGAUAGAUCUCCAAUGUGAUCGGAAAAGCGUACGAAAUCGGCAAAAGAUUAAAAAAUUCCUCGCUUCUCCCGCCCACCGCCUCGUGCUGCUCCCAAAUGGCACCCUUCUGUUCUUCAGCCGUUUCUCUAUCUGGAAGGAGGAGCAGAGGAAGAAGGCAUGGGCGAAGGACGGUCUCUGGCGGAGACCCCGACGUGGUCGGUGGCCACCGUCACCACCGCCAUGGUCGCCGUCUGCUUCUUGGUCGAGCGCUGCAUCUACCGCUUCGCCAAAUGGUUGAAGAAGACAAAGAGGAAGGCGAUGCUUGCCGCUCUCGAGAAGAUUCGUGAAGAGUUGAUGUUGCUGGGGCUGAUAUCGUUGAUGCUGAGCCAAACGGCUAGGUGGAUCUCCGAUAUAUGUGUUCCUUCGUCUCUUUUCAACAGCCGAUUCGAAACCUGCACGGAGAGCGACUUCCAGGAACAGGCCGAGGGUUCUGAUCCAGUUCCUUCGAAUCGGACGAAGGUUGGGAGAAGGCUUCUUGAGGUGCCUCCUUAUCAUUGUGCUGAGGAUCAUGAGCCAUUUGUGUCCUUCGAAGGGCUUGAGCAGCUCCACCUCUUCGUUUUUAUUCUUGGGAUCACCCACGUGUUGUACAGCUUCGUCACGGUCGUUUUGUCUAUGAUCAAGAUCUACAGCUGGAGGAAAUGGGAAAACCAAGUGCCCCCACCAUCUACUGAGGAUUUGCAAGCAAGGAGGGAUAAAAUGAUGAAGAAGCAGUCCACUUUUGUUUUUCAGCGGACAUCUCAUCCAUGGAGCAAGAACAAGUUUCUUAUUUGGAUGCUUUGUUUCAUGAGGCAAUUUAAGGGCUCUUUAGCUAAGUCAGAUUACAUGGCAUUACGUUUGGGUUUCAUCAGUAAUCACAAAUUGCCAUCUUCUUAUGAUUUCCAUAAAUACAUGGUGCGGAGCAUGGAAGAUGAGUUUCAUCGGAGUGUUGGCAUCAGCUGGCCUCUUUGGGUGUAUGCAAUAUUGUGCAUUUUUGUAAAUAUUCAUGGAAUCAAUAUCUACUUCUGGUUGUCCUUUGUUCCUGCCAUGGUGGUCAUGCUGGUGGGCACCAAGCUUCAACAUGUUGUUGCGCAAUUAGCUCUGGAGUUCAUUGAGGCAACUGGUCCAUUUGUUGGUACACAACUGAAGCCGCGUGAUGAUCUUUUUUGGUUUGGAAAACCAGAACUCCUUUUGUGGUUGAUACAGUUCAUAUCCUUUCAGAAUGCUUUUGAGAUGGCAGCAUUUAUUUGGUCCCUGUGGGAACUAAGUGCACAGGCCUGUUUCAUGAAGAACUAUUACAUGGUCGUUGUUCGCUUGGUCUCUGGGCUCCUAGUCCAGUUUUGGUGCAGCUACAGCACACUGCCCCUUAAUGUCAUCAUCACUCAGAUUGGAUCCAAAUUUCAGAAAUCUUUGCUUGCUGAGAGUGUUAGAGAGUCACUUCAUAGUUGGUGCAGAAGAGUCAAACUGAAGUCUAAACACGAACAGAUGCUUUCUCGACUUGGAACCACUACAUCAACUUGUUCAUUGGAAUCAACCAUAGAUGAAACGGAUGAAACAAUUACAGUUGGAUCUGGCACUUUAUCUCGAAGCAGUUCCAAAACCUCAUUCGAGGAGCUCCAUACAAUUAUGAUGGAUGAGCAGAAGGCAUGAGAUAAUCUCAUGACUCUGGUUGGAAAACUUCCUGAUUAUACUUAAUAAUCUCAUGCCUCUGGUUGGAAAACUUCCUGAUUA